UCAAACAGUGAAAAUGGCUUCAGCAGCUGAAGAUGAUUAUAUUUGUCCUGUAUGUCAUGAAAUCUUCAAGGAUCCUGUUCUUCUGUCAUGUAGUCACAGUUUCUGUAAAGAGUGUCUUCAACAGUUCUGGAGAACCAAGAAAACUCAGGAGUGUCCUGUCUGCAGGAGAAAAUCCUCAAGAGAUAAACCUCCAGUUAAUCUGGCAUUAAAGAACUUGUGUGAGUCGUUUCUGAAGGAGAGAAAUGAGAGGCGUUCAUCAGGAUCUGAGGAGAUCUGCAGUUUACACAGUGAGAAACUCAAACUCUUCUGUCUGGAGGACAAACAGCCUGUGUGUUUAGUGUGCAGAGAUUCACAGAAACAUGACAAUCAUAAAUUCAGACCCAUCAGUGAAGUGGUUUCAUCAUAUAAGGAGGAGCUCAAUACAGCACUGGAGUCCUUACAAGAGAAACUUCAACACAAUGAAGAAAUGAAAGGAGAGUUUGAGGAAACAGUUCAACACAUCAAGUCUCAAGCUGAGCACACAGAGCGCCAGAUUAAACAGCAGUUUGAGAAGCUUCAUCAGUUUCUCAGAGAUGAAGAAGAAGCUACAAUCACUGCUCUGAGGGAGGAAGAGGAGCAGAAGAAGCAGAUGAUGAAGGAGAAGCUGGAGGAGAUGAACAGACACAUCUCAGCUCUUUCACACACAAUCAAAGACAUGGAGGAGAUGAUGAAAGCCAAUGACGUCUGCUUUCUGAAGGAGUUUCCAGUCUCAGUGGAAAGAGUCCAGAGCUCACAGCCAGAUCCACAGAUGGCUUCUGGAGCUUUGAUUCAUGUGCCACGUUACUUGGGCAACCUGCCGUUCAGAGUCUGGAAGAAGAUGCAGGACAUCGUCCAAAACACUCCUGUGAUUCUGGAUCCAAACACUGCUCAUCCAGAUCUCGUCCUGUCUGAUGAUCUGACCAGUGUGAGAUACAGCGAGAACGAUCAACCUCUUCCUGAUAAUCCAGAGAGAUUUGACCGUUAUCCCUGUGUUCUGGGUUCAGAGGGGUUUAACUCAGGAACACACUGCUGGGAUAUAGAGGUUAAAGAAAGUUCAGACUGGAUUCUUGGAGUAACUACAGCAUCAAACCAGAGGAAGGGAUGUGAUUUCUUCGACACUGAUGUCUGGAGUGUGGAGUAUGAUGUGGAAGGACUGGAUGAACCAUGUGGUUUUCUUGUUAAACGUAAGCUUGAUCGUGUGAGAGUGAAUCUGGACUAUGAUGGAGGAACGGUGUCAUUCUCUGAUCCUGUAACUAACACACAUCUAGUCACAUUCACAGCCACCUUUGCUGACACACUCUUUCCAUUCUUCUAUUGUUUUGAUGGAUCUCUGAGGAUCUUACCACUCAAUCGUCAGUAAAUGUUACUCCUGUAGGUCUGGAUCUUCCAGCUUUCAUCAUGUUUAAUCCAGAUCACAUGAGUAAGAGUGCUGUUGAUCUGAAUAUCAGAUCAGAAAACAAGUACAUUUAUUCAUCUUUAAAAAUUAUUAAGACACAUGGUGAAGGAUUCAAAUAAAUCAUGUUGAUCAGAUCUAACCAAUAAGAAACGAUGAUGCGUAAUGAAUCACCACCCAUAACACACUAGUAACUGCCUAGCAACCACACAGAACACCAUAGCAACUGUGUAGCAACACCCUUGAAAGAACUCAGAACACCCUAUAAACUAUAUGUCUGAUAUGACAGCAUGGACUCAAAACCUUCACACUUAAAUCGUUCAGACUUUAAAACCACUUCAAACUACUUUCAGACUAGACUUUCUCAAGCCAACAUGAAAGUUCCUCUACAAGCUUUUUCAUCGACUUACGUUAUAAUAUCAUAUUUUCUAGUACUGUACCACUGAAAGAGUUCAUUCAACACAUUUUCAGUGUUUGCUGUUGAUGAAUAAUUAUUUAUUUCAGUUCUAGAGGUGAAAUGAGUGGUGAAUUUAUAAUAUCUAUAAAUCGAUACAUCUAAAUUACAGCAAGUUGUUGCCAAAAAUAAAGACUUACUAGGAGUUG